AUGCCGCUGCGGCCCCCGAGGUUGAUCUGCCGCGUAUGGAGGCGGCUUCGGCCCAAUUCGACGUAUCUCAACCUGAAUCCCUUCUACGUGCUCCAGCUGUCUGAGGAGUGCACGAUCGAGGAGGUCAAGCGCCAAUUUCGUCGUCUGUCACUGCUGGUCCAUCCUGAUCGCAACCCCAACAACCCGAGGGCCAAGCAAGCCUUCGAGGAGAUCAACAAGGCCCAAAAGGCGCUGCACGAGGAGAAGGACCUCGAGUUCUACAAAGGCGUGGUAGAAGAGGCCCGCACGCGCGUGGACGAAGAGAUUAAGGCCCAAAAGAAGGAAUUCAAGAAGAAGCAUGGCAACGACGCCGCAUUCGAGGUGGAUCCUGCCCAGAAAGAGACCAUGGUGCAAACGAAGGCGUGUCGCAUCCUUGUAGAUCUCGAGGAACGGCGCAAGCGGGCCAUGGAGGUCGAGGCCGCCCACGAAAAGCGGAUGAGGGAGGAGGAUGAAGCGAGAGCGAAGAAGAGGCGCGAGGACGCCGAGUUCGAGAAGCGGUGGGAGGAUAGCCGAGAGACUCGAGUCGGCAGCUGGCGAGACUACCAGAAGAAGGCCGUGAAGCGAAGACGCGUCAUCGAUGAGGCCGCUCCCCCUCCCCCUCCUGUGCCACCGCCGCCAACAUCCGCUCCUCCCCCUCCUCCUCCUUCCGCAGUGCCAGCGCCGUUCGGGUACCCGCGGCCGCCGAUGAUGAUGGGGGGCGUCGGCCAACCGAUGGCCUUCUCCCCGAUGAUGAUGACGAUGAUGGGCGCCGGCGUCGGCUUCGGCAUGCCGCCACCUCCGAGCGCAAGCGACGAACAGAAGAAAAAGAAGAGCGAAGAGGAGAAGCGGAAGAAGAAGAAACAGAGGAUCACCCUGGGCGCCGCGACCCGUCCGCCGAAGCUCAAGGUCGAGUCGCGGUCAUCAGGUCCCAAGUGA